CUGUGUGACUGCUGAGCCCUUUAAAUGUACUGUACGUGCAAAGAUGGCAGCUGAAGUCGACCUGCUGCGAGCGAAAGUAGCCGAAGAGAAGGUGAGGGACAGCCUGGAGCGACUCAUCAAAGAGAGGAAGAGGAAGAAGAAGAAGAGGGAGCUGUCACCGGACAGACGGGACAAGUAUGAAAAAGAAGCGAAGAAAGUGAAGCUCCAUCACCAUCAACACCAACACCAUGCUGAGCACCGGACCCACCAGCCGCAUCAGCUGCACCAAACCCACAAACCCCUCAACUUCACCGCGGGGAAGCAUGUCCUGCACCACCACCACCACCAUCACCACCACAACAACCACAGUCUCACCAACGGAACGAAGAAGAGCCCGCAGCCGGCUCUGCCUCCCGCUCCUCCGCGGAAAGGACCGGAGCAGCAGCCGCCGCAGAAGAAGCGAGCGCUGCCUCCCGAGCCGCUGCCACCUGCGCUCUUCACUUUCACGCCUCUCAAAGUGGUCAAGGCCAAGCCCCGGGAUUUUAAAGAAAAACACCGUGACCAAGACGUGAAAGUGAAGCUCAAGAAGGAAAACACCGAGGCCAACGUGAAACCCGCCGAGCUGAAGAAAAAGAAGGAACCAAGGCCUCACAACGAGAACAUCAAGUCCCUGACACUGGAGGACUAUCUCCUGAAGAAGAAAAAGAAGAAGAAGAAGCAGCAGCAUCGCGAGGAUGAGCACAGAGGCAAGAAGGUCCGCUACGUGCACAACAAAGCAGUUCAGACUGUGUGUUCAGGGCUUGGAGCUGAAAUAUCUCCAUCUGGAACAGUAAAGUGCGAAAGGAAUCGCCAGCCUAGCAGUGACACUACGGACAACUACCAACCCUACCUCCAUGCUCUCAAACUGGGGCAAGUCCCCUUCCUCUCCCACCAAGACCAUUACAUCCGCAGCUCCUGCCUCCAGACGGGCACCUGGUAUGGACGCUUCAUGCAUGAGGAAAGACAGGCCAAUGGUGGGGGAUUAAUCCUCCAUGCCUAUGCUGAUGAGUUGGCCUGUCUCAGUCCGGCUGAGAUGGAGUGCUUUGCCCAGGAGUUUCUGGAGUUGACCUUUGCUGAGAACCCCCGAGGUGCAGGCUCUUAUGCCUUGGCAGUGGUCCACAAGGCAGCCGCCUACCUACCCGACUUCCUGGACUACUUUGCCUUCAACUUCCCCAACACACACGUCAAAAUGGAGAUAAUGGGAAAGAAAGACAUUGAGACGACAACUAUCUCCAACUUUCACUCUCAGGUGAGUCAGUCUUACUCUUCAGGAACAUAUAGGGCAGGACCCAUGAGGCAAAUCAGCCUGGUGGGAGCUGUGGAUGAGGAGGUUGGAGACUAUUUCCCAGAAUUCCUGGACAUGUUGGAAGAAUCACCCUUUCUCAAGAUGACCCUACCAUGGGGAACCCUCUCCAGUCUGAAGCUGGACUGUCGCUCUCAGAGCGACGAUGGGCCCAUCAUGUGGGUGCGACCGGGAGAACAAAUGGUACCCACUGCUGAUAUGCCCAAGUCCCCUUUCAAACGACGCAGGUCUAUGAACGAGAUAAAGAAUCUUCACUAUCUGCCAAGAGCCAGUGAGCCUAGAGAAGUCUUGUUUGAGGACCGGACUAAGGCCCAUGCUGAUCAUGUCGGUCAGAGUUUUGACUGGCAGAGCACUGCUGCUGUAGGGGUACUGAAGGCAGUGCACUUCGGUGAAUGGAAUAACCGACCUCGGAUAACCAAAGAUGUUGUAUGUUUCCAAGCUGGUGACUUCAAUGAAGUUGUCCAGAGACUGCAGCUUGAUCUGUAUGAACCUCCUGUGUCUCAGUGUGUACAGUGGGUGGAUGAUGCCAAGCUCAACCAGCUCAGGAGGGAAGGCAUCCGCUAUGUCCGUGCCCAGCUCUGUGACGACGACAUUUACUUCAUCCCGAGGAACGUCAUCCAUCAGUUCAAGACGGUGUCUGCGGUCUGUAGCCUGGCGUGGCACAUUCGUCUCAAACAGUACCAUCCAGAGAAGGUCAAAGUGGAGGGGGAGCAGCAGCAGCAGCAGCAGCCCAGUGAUCUCAGCCCCACCUCAGGCAGAGUCUCAUUUUCCUCCCCUGCCAGGCCCGACGCCACCGUUACCCCCUGUGCCAGACCACAGAGUGACAACAUCCAAGGUGGAGUGGCUAAGACUGAAGAACUUGAGUUCCAGAGGCCAGCAACACCUCCCCGAGAGCCUCAGCCGGCUCCCCCACAGCCCACCAAGUCCACUCACUUGUCCCAAACAUACCAGGAUCCCCACUUUCCCUCGGCACCAGUCCACUCUGGUUGUACACCUUCUAAAGAACCUUCACUUCCAAAAGCUUUUGGCCACACUGCGAUGUUCCCGAAAUGAUCUUGUCCUUCCUACACAACCAUUCUCUCUUUCCAUUGUGGGAGGAGCGUGAACGAAUUUUAAGACUAAAACUGACAAUUGACUGUCAAUCAGGAAAACCUUUCAAGUGAAAUAAUUCAUCACAUAUUUUUUAAUCUUUAAAUGUUGCUUGAAAUGCCUUCUGUGCUUCUUUUCUUUCUUUGUUUCAUCAGCUAAAGUAUAUAGUCAAUCUUUAUGUGGUCACACCUAAACUAGCACUCUCCGCCGUCUCAGUGAAUAGGUGUGAAUGUUGUGAAGAGGCAUUUAUUUUUAGACUGACAAUGUAAGUUGUUACACUUACGACAAGAGACUCAUUUUAAAUUUGUGCACUCAGCUGUUUGACUGGAGAAUGGAAGUCAGACAUGCAGGUGGACUGAUUUGUUUACAUAUUCUGGAAGCACGAUGCCGAGCUUGUACUCCUUUAUUAGUUUAAGCAAAAAGAGGCAUGUUGGCUAACUUUAAGUAAAGCCAGGAGAAUUAAAAGUCUGGCACAUGUUGGGAAUAAUGGAUCGGCUACAGCAGUAAAAAAAAAUAGAAAAAUCGACAUUUUGACUGUUCAUUUAUCUCAUCAUUAAAAAAGCACUUUUUGUCCACUUUUUAAGUUGUAGUUUUUGCAUGAAAUUCCUUUAUUUAAAUACCAUUUUAUAUUGUGCCCUUUUUUACUGUUGAUACUGUUUUUUUUUAUA